AUGGAGGAAGCGGACGCGAGGCCAAGCAAGAAGGCCCGCCGGCCGGGUGCCGGUUCCGGCGGCCUGACGCUGUUCGCCCUCCGCUUGGCGAAGCAGCUCUCCGAGGGCGACAGCUCCGGUGACAACCUCGUCUUCUCGCCGCUGUCCAUCUACGCCGCGCUGGCCCUGGUGGCGGCCGGGGCAGGGGGCGAGACCCUGGACGAGUUCCUCGCCCUGCUCGGCGCGGCGUCGUGCGACGAGCUCGCCGAGUUCGUCCGCGGCGUGGCGGAGGGCGCCCUCGCGGACAGGUCCGGCUCUGCCGGCGGGCCGCUCGUCGCCUUCGCGUGCGGCGUCUGGCACCAGGAGACGCUGGCGUUGAGGCCGGCCUACCGCGCCGCCGCCGUGGAGUCCUACAAGGCAGAGGCGCGCCACCGAUUUCCUCGGGAAGGUCAGUUAGUUAAUACGCAGCCAGAGGAAGCACGAAAGCAGAUAAACAAAUGGGUCUCGAAGGCCACGAACAAACUCAUCACCUCAAUCCUCCCUAAACGUUCCGUGGAUCCCUCAACAGUCCUCGUGCUCGCCAACGCCAUCUACUUCAAGGGCAAGUGGUCCAAGCCCUUCGAGGAGAAGAAGACCAAGGACGGGGAAUUCUACUGCCUUGACGGCAGCCGCGUGCGCUCGCCGUUCAUGCGCUGCUCCUGGGAAGAACAGCUGAUUGAGGAGCACGACGGGUUCAAGGUGCUCAAGCUACCCUAUCGCAACUCCGAUGAUGAACGCGCGCGGUUCUCGAUGUGCUUCUUACUCCCGGACGCCCGCGACGGCCUGCCCAUCCUCGUCGCCAAGAUGGCGUCCAACACUCCAGCUCCGGCAGCUUCCUGCGAGACCACUUGCCCAAGAGGCGCGUCAAGGUCGGCGAGCUCCUCCUGCCCAAGUUCCAACACAAGGCGGUUAUCGAGGUGA